AUGGCGGUCCACCUCACCCCGCUGAAGCGCAGUCAGCUGCUCGACUUGGGCAGGCUGCUGGAGUCGGCGCUGCACUCCGCCUGCUCCUCCCCGCUAGGCUCCUCCUGUGGGGCGCAGUUGAGCGGCGCCCCCGAGCACCCGUUUGCGCGUGGGGCGUUUUGUGACGUCUUCGAGGACCCCUCCACGCGACAGGCGUGGCGCCUCCACGACAAGAUGCUCUACCUAGUGUGGUGGUCGUACCGCCCGCCGUGCUGCACGGAGUGCGGGAUGCAGGACGCCUGGGUGCCCUCCGCCGACAGCGAGAUGAAGUGCUGGCACUGCGGCAGCGGGGCGGGCACGAGCUUCGUGAAGGACGUCGUCGAGGACCUCCCGGCGCCGGAAACCGACGACGGCGACGACGACGGCGACAGCGACGAGGGCGAGUUGGCCGGCGAAGGCGGCGCCGCGGCCGCGGGUGGUGGUGGCGGUGGUGGCCUCAGCGGCGGCGGUCCGGUCGCGUCCUACAUGUUUUUCUACGAGUGGCUCUCCCGCAUGCAGCUGAUGGAGCGCGGGAGGGAGGUGGUGCUUCCCAGCGGGGAGAGCCUCGCCGCCGUCCUGCGCGCCGCGUACGACCUGGCGCUGCUGUUUGUCGUGCCUGGGCUACCGACCACCGGCGCCGCCGUGAUGCAGGGCGGGGCGCUGUACCUCAGCCUCGUGCUGCAUCGCUUUCCCGCGCCGUUUCCCCUGUUUCGCUUAGCAGGCCGCGGCGGCGCGGCGGACCGGUCCCAGGGCCCGCCUGCCGCCGGCCCCACGGCGCUGCCGACAACGGCCGGGGCGGAGCCGCAGGAGGAGUUGCAGUGGGUCGACGUGGAGCUGCUCGCCGCCCUCAUCGGGGUCGCACUGUCCGACUUUUUUGAAUCCGCGCAGGUGGCUGUGCAGUACUUGCAGAAUGUCAUGACGGUGGCGGCGGCCUUUGCGGUGCCGAGCGUACUCUGGCACCCGCAGCGCGUGAAAGGCAGAGCCGAGCACAUGAUGGCGCUGCGACAGAAGCGGAAGUGUGCCUUCCCGCUUCACUCCACGGCGGUGUCGAGCGGCCUUUCCCCGGAGCACACGGCGAUGAUUGUGGCGCUGGAGCUCGCCCGCGCGUUUGAUGCCCAGCCUUGUGGCUCCGUCGAGCACAGCGACCGCGUCGGGGCGUGGCUGGAUCACCACGGCUUGUACCCGCAGCGCUGCGUCUACCGCAGCCGGCCCUGUUCUAGGCAGAAGCAUAAUAGUAAUGAUAGUGAGGAGAGUAAUAGCCACGCCCAGCAGUCGCUGGGGAAUGGGGCAGCGCCCGCGCUGGCCGCCGUCGAGGACACGGCAUGGUGGGCGUCACCGAUCACCACCGACGCCUCCCCCUUCGCUGCGGGCAUGCAGGUUGUAUUGCUGUCGCCGUGUGCAAAUGCUCUGCUGCACAUGUUUGCGCGCGCCUUUUCCAUGUCGCCGCUGGAGUUGGCGGACGUGGCGGUGGGCAGUGGGCUCUACCAGGGACCCACGCGCUUCUUUGACACCUUGCGGCAGGCGGCACAGGCGGGGAACUACACACUCAUGCCGCUCUUCCGGCGCCUCUCGCCUGUCACGUCGGUCUGGACAAGCGCCUACUUCGCGCUGCACUCCGAGGACCGACUCCCCCUUUUGGCGGCCCUGCAACACAUCCGCGCCGCGGCGACGCGUGAGAAGGAGACGCCAGUGGCGCGCAUGGUGCAGCGCAUCCUGCGCAAGCACCAGGCGUCGCGGCAGUACCAGUUUAACUACUCUAUACGCGUCACGGACGACUCCGAGCGGCAUCCGUUCAAGGGGGUGUACUUUCUUAGCUGCCUGACGGAGCGCUUUGCCGUCUACACCGGCGUCCGCUCGGCGCGCAAGACGGUGACCUUCGACGCGGCGACGGGAAAAAUCACCCUCUGCGUCAUCGGCGCGCGGGAGCAGCAGGUGGCGGCGCUUGACGUGGAGUUCAACGGUCCCAUCGUGGCUCACAUCGAGACGGAGAGUGCGAAGUGCGUCAUCGACUGCGUGCGCCAGUCGCUCAGCGCGGAGGGCUGGCAGGCGACGGUGCGCCACUUGGACCGCUGCGGCCGGGUGCGGCGGCGCAUGCGGGUUCCGAUGCUUGCCUCCCGCCUCGACGCGUUGGCCUCGGUGCGGGAGGCGACCGCGAUGGCGUCGCACCCGAUUGCAGGCAACGCCACGCUGCUUGGGUGGGGCGAGACGGAGGUGCUCUUCACGUCUUUGCCACCCGCCAACAACGCCGCCUACGCCGCGGGACUCCGGCGGGGGCUGCAGCUGAAUCUUCUUUCCCUGCCCAAGCCUUCGCUUGUCUUUGGCAUCUCCGAGAACCGCGUGAUUGCCAUGUACGCCUCACUUGUGGCGCUGCUGGAGGGCAUUGAGCAGCGGCUUUCGCAGGCAAGCGCCGGGGCCGCCUCGACGUGGGUGGAUGUCUUGCUGAGCGAAGAAGACUGCGAGGCGGAGGCGGCCCCGGCGGGCGGAGACCGUCGGCCCCGGGACUCGCCGCCCUCGCACGGGAAUGGCGGCAGCGGGGCUCUGGAUAGCGCCCCGCUCCUCCCUGCCUCUACCGCGGCCGUGGAGCAGCUGCUGCAGCCCGGGGCCUCGAGGCAGGCCCCGCCGCGCAGUCGAGAGACGAGGUCGCUUCCGACGUACCAGGAGGUGCUGUUGGGGCUUGCCGGGCCCCAGUGGGGCGGCGGCCGUGCGGUCUCGGGCUGCCGCGUGCGCCCGACAUCGCAGCGUGAGCGGCAGCAGCGGCGUGGAGGUCAGCUGCAGCUGCAGCGGCAACAAUCCCAACGGUUUCGCGGGGAUGCGGGCGGUGAUGGCGUGAGCCACGCUGCAGCGGCGGCGUCAACGAGUCGGGGCUGUUCCUCCUUUAACCUCUUCAGUGCGGAGGAGUGUCGAAGGCGCCUAUACCGCCUGCUUGAGUUCGUUGCCGCGUACACGGCGCAGCGGCAAAAGCGUGAGCGGCCCAACCCCGCCGCCCACGCCGAAGCGGCGACAGGGGCGGGCGACGGGGCGGCGGGCGAGACGCCCCGCCCCGCUGAUGCGGUGGCCGCCGCGCGGGGGGAACCGCCGUCGACGCCGCGUGAGCGGCCAACACCGAAGCACAACACACCGCCCUCCCGGAACGGUGCGACGCCGUCGUUGAGGCCGAAGUCGUCGCCGCACCACGGCCCCUCCCCCGCGGCGAGGCCGAUCUCCUCUUCGCCCUUGCCGGAGUCGUCGCAGCCGCAGCGCCGCCAGCGCCGCGCACGCGCUGAGGCUGGCGAGGGCGGCGAGGACAGGGAGACGGGCGGCCGCAGCCCCCUCGCCCCUGCCGCGGCGCACGGCGGCGACGACAGCGCACCGCGCCCGCGAAAGCGCGGCCGCCCAGACAACGAGGGGGAGGAGGAUGAGGCGCCGUCGCCAUCCUCCUCCCCCUCGAGCAGCGGCAGCGCCGCCUCCUCGUGGACGGACGGCAGCGUGGAGCGACGGCCGCAGCGGCGGCGACGGCGGCAACAACACCAACAACGACGUCGCCGAAACGUGUAG